CUCUGCUUCUGCUUCUUCUUCUUCUUCCGUCAGUUCCCAAGUCUCAAGAAUUUUUCUUUUUCACUUUUAUUAAACCCUUUUGAUUAUCCUUCACGGAUUGUUGAUUCCUCAUACUUUUUAUCAACUGGGUUUUCUAAAAGUUCCUGUCUUUUUCACGCAAUCUUCACUGCAGGAGGUUAUUUUCAAACUUUUUUUUUUUUUUUUUGCAACAACAUUUCCCCUGUUUUCGAACUCUGAACUUCUCUGUUUCGUAGCCCAAGAAAUCGUUCGUCAAAGAAUGGCCAUAAAGACAAUUGAAUUGUUGAAAGGGAGUGUGUCCCAGGAAGAGAUAAUGGAAGUUCUUGCUGCGGUGGCUUCGGAUUUGGGGGAUGUGAUCGAUGAUGUGAACAACUUGCAAGUGAUUCCAUUGAAGGGUGCAAUGACCAAUGAGGUUUUCCAGAUAAACUGGCCAACCAAAAAUGGUAGUGAUCUCAGAAAGGUUCUGGUUCGCUUAUAUGGUGAAGGUGUUGAAGUUUUCUUUGACAGGGAUGAAGAAAUUCGAACGUUUGAGUGCAUUUCAAAGCACGGUCAGGGUCCACGCCUUCUUGGCCGGUUCACCUCUGGCCGAGUUGAGGAGUUUAUUCAUGCCAGGACUCUCUCGGCUGCUGACCUUCAUGACGUUGAAAUAUCUGCUUUGAUAGCAUCUAAGAUGAGGAAGUUCCAUAAUCUUCAUAUGCCUGGUGCAAAAAAGGCUCAGAUUUGGGAGAGAAUGAGGAAUUGGCUUUCUGAAGCCAAAAGUUUGUGCUCCCCAAAGGAUACAAAACUUUUUGGCUUGGACAGUCUGGACGAGGAAAUAAAUAUUCUAGAGAAGAAAUUAUCUGAAGAAUAUCAAGAGAUUGGUUUUUGUCACAACGACCUGCAAUAUGGUAACAUAAUGAUGGAUGAAGAGACAAGAUCAAUCACUAUAAUUGACUACGAAUACGCCAGUUACAAUCCAAUUGCGUAUGACCUAGCAAAUCAUUUCUGUGAAAUGGUGGCAGAUUACCAUAGUGACACACCUCAUGUUCUUGACUACAGUAAAUAUCCUGGACUAGAGGAGCGUCAAAUGUUUAUCCGUAUUUAUCUCAGCUCUGAAGGCAAGAAAGCAAGCAAUGCUAAAGUGAACCGGUUAGUGAAUGCUUCAGAAAAAUACACUCUUGCAAGCCAUGUAUUUUGGGGCUUGUGGGGGCUUAUUUCGAGUUACGUGAAUAAAAUUGACUUUGACUACAAGGAGUAUGCAAGGCAAAGGUUUCAGCAAUACCGGUUAAGAAAGCCUACUUUACUGGACUCACCAAGCAUCUUUUCCCAAGACGGAACUGUGAAUGGUUCGCUGGCAUACUACACGUGAUUGCUUCUGAUGUCUUAGUCAAGCUAUAUAUCUUAGUAUAUAAUUUAUUAAUAACAUCUAAAGGCAUGAUAUAUAUGCUGCACCAUAUCUUAGUAUAUAAUUUAUUAAUAACAUCUAAAGGCAUGAUAUAUAUGCUGCACCAUAUCUGUAAAUAAUAUCUAAUCACCAACAAUGUGUGAUGAGUUUCUGAUAAAUUUUAAUUAAAGUUUGUUUUAUCAAUCCCUCUCUUUUGGGAUUGAG